CUCAAUAACUCUCUCUUCUCUCAAAACAAACAAAGCAAACAAGGAUUACGAAUCUCGCAACGGGAAAUGAGGUCCAAAAGCACCGAAAGGGACCCCAAAGGCUCAAGGCAUUGCUAAAUGAUUGUUUCAUUCACUUCUCUUUUUCUUUCUUCCACCUUCCAGAGCUGAAACUUCGGUUUCGCGCCUCUGUUAUCGCUCAGAACUCAAGCAAAAAGAAUCAAAUUUUGUUCCUAGAAUGGAACAUUUUGAUAAUCUCACGGUCGAAAACGACGACGAACUAGAAGAAGUGGCACGACGAAGAAGCGGUAUUUUCUUGCAGCUAAAACCUUAUUGCUUGGAGCUUCUAGAGCUUCUCCAAAACCCUAAAAAAGACUCCUCUGCUAUCCAUUCAUUGCUCCAGUUCCUUCGUACCUCUCCUUCUUACGCCCUCCAACCUUUCUUCGACUAUACCUUGUUCCCACUGCUGCUUCUAUUGGAUGCAGCAGUUGAUAGCAGAGGUUCGAAGAAGGAUGAUCCUGAGGAUAAAGCUAACUCCAAAAAUUUGCCUCACAAAGUGAGUGAUAAAGUGGCUGAAGCUGUCCUGCAAUGUUUGGAGGAGCUUCUAAAGAAGUGUCAUUUGGGAUCUGUGGAUCAGAUGGUUGUACUUAUGAAAAAAUUGACUCAUGUGGCUAUGCUUUCUCCCCAUGAGGCUUCAGAAGAGUUUCGUGAAGGAGUAAUCAAGUGUUUUAGGUCUCUACUUCUAAGUUUACCUCCUUGCUCAGAUGAAGAUUGCUCAUGUAGACAGAGUCUUGGUCGGCCUGCACUCUUAGAAAAUGCAGAUAUGCAAGCAUUAACAUGUGGGACUUCAAAUUAUGAUUCGGAGCGAGAGGAAUGUUUACUUGCAUUUCUCCAGUCACAAACUGCUGCAGCUGCCAUUGGACACUGGCUAUCACUUCUUCUCAAGGCUGCAGAUAUUGAAGUGGCACGAGGACAUCGAGGCAAUGCAAAGCUCCGUGUUGAAGCCUUUGUGACCUUACGUGUGCUUGUAUCUAAGGUUGGUACUGCAGAUGCGCUAGCUUUCUUUCUGCCUGGUGUUGUUAGUCAAUUUGCCAAAGUUUUGCAUGUCUCAAAAACAAUGAUAAGUGGGGCUGCUGGAAGUGUGGAUGCUACCGACCAAGCAAUUAGAGGCUUGGCCGAGUAUUUAAUGGUAGUUCUUCAGGAUGAUGCUAAUUUAUCGAACCUUGACAUACCCUUAAAUGUCAUCGCUGGAUUUAGUUCAAACAAGAAUGAAUCUGUCCAUUCAAUUCUGGAUGAGCUUUGCCAUUUGCCCAGUAUCACUCAAGGUCAGCGUAAAAUUGUGGCUGCAGAAUCGAUUGGUGUAGCUGCAGAUUUGGAUUCCCAUGGAUCUGAUAUAAAAAUAAACAGGAACAAUAAAUUUGGCAAGGAAAUAGGAUCUCUGCAUGUGGAUCGUACAAGAGAUUGGAUUGAGAAAACUUCAGCGCAUCUGGAUAAAUUAUUGAGUGCAACCUUUCCACAUAUAUGUGUUCAUCCAGCAAAGAAGAUGAGACGAGGAUUACUGGCUGCCAUACAAGGACUGUUAUCAAACUGUAGUUACACUCUGAAGGACAGCAGAUUGAUGCUCUUGGAGUGCCUGUGUGUCUUGAUUGUUGAUGAUUCUGAAGAGGUGUCUGCACCUGCUCAGGAGUUUAUUGAAUAUUUAUUCUCUUCGAGUGGAAAACAUCAUGUAAAACGUGAUAUUACUGAAAUAUUUAGCAGGCUCAUUGAGAAGCUUCCAAAAGUGGUAAUGGGCAAUGAGGACUCACUUGCACUCUCGCAUGCUAAAAAAUUGCUUGCAGUCAUAUAUUAUUCUGGUCCUCACUUCGUGAUGGAACAGCUUGUGUCUCCGGUAACAGCUGCAAGAUUCUUGGAUGUUCUUGCCCUCUGUCUGAGUCAGAAUUCACUGUUUGCUGGUGAUCUUCACAAACUUACUUUAGCAAGGCCAUCCUCUGUUGGAUAUCUUCCUUCUGUUGCUGAGUUGAAAGCUAAUUCCCAGUUUCUCACUGAUUACCAGACCAUCAUGGAUUUUGUGCCUUCUGAUAUCUCAAAGUUAAGAGAUAUUCAAGGAAGAAGAAUUCAAUACCCAUUGGAAACUGUGGAGAAUAAUUAUGAACUUCCCCGUAUGCCUCCUUGGUUUGUUUCUGUUGGCAGUCAGAAAUUAUAUCAGCCUCUUGCAGGAAUUCUUAGACUAGUAGGUUUAUCUUUAAUGGCAGACUUCAAAAGUGAAGGGCAUAUGUCAGUUGUUACAGAUAUCCCACUUGAUUACCUGCGUAAACUUAUAUCUGAGGUCCGUGUCAAGGAAUACAAUAAAGAGAGCUGGCAAUCUUGGUAUAACAGAACUGGCUCUGGACAAUUACUGCGUCAGGCCAGCACUGCAGUUUGUAUCUUGAAUGAGAUGAUAUUUGGUCUAUCAGAUCAGUCAGUCGAUAGUCUUACAAAAAUGCUUCAAAAGUCCAUUGUUAAGAGGGAAGAGAUUCAAGAAUUUGAUGGAAGUGUUGCUGACAGUCAGCCUUGCACAGUUGAAUCUUCUGAGCUUACUCAAUCUAUUUGGAAGCUUUCACAGGCAAAAGCUUCUAGGAGUCACCUGAUUGAUUGCAUUGGUAGAAUUUUACAUGAAUAUCUAUCAUCUGAAGUGUGGGAUCUUCCAGUGGAUUGCAAACCGACUCACAUUCAACCUGAUAGUGAAGUUGAUGAAAUUCCUUCUCACUUCUUCCAUGAUACUGCUGUGCUACAUCAGGUUAUUAUUGAUGGAAUAGGCACCUUCGCUGUUUGCCUGGGAAAAGAUUUUUCUUCAAGCGGAUUUCUUCACUCAUCUCUUUACCUGUUGCUUGAGAGUCUUAUUUGCUCAAACUUCCACGUUAGAAGUGCUUCUGAUGCUGUUUUACAUAUCCUUUCUUCUACAUCUGGCCAUCGAACGGUUGGGCAAUUGAUCUUGGCAAAUGCUGAUUACGUAAUUGAUUCAAUAUGUCGGCAAUUACGCCAUUUGGAUCUAAACCCGCAUGUGCCUAGUGUUCUUGCUUCCAUGCUUUCCUAUGUUGGAGUGGCUCAUAAAAUAUUGCCUCUCUUGGAGGAACCGAUGCGUUCUGCUUCACAGGAACUCGAGAUUCUUGGCAGGCAUCAGCACCCAGAAUUAACUAUUCCCUUUUUGAAGGCUGUAGCUGAAAUCGCCAAGGCAUCAAAACAUGAGGCUUCGUUGUUGCCCGCUGCUGCAGAAUCGUAUCUGAUGCAUGUCAAGUCCAACAUAAUGAAGGAAGUUAGACAAGAAUCCAGACAAGGUUCACCAUCACAUUUUGACAAUCACAUUGAUAUGUCUCAAAUGGAAUUGGAUGAAGAAUCCUGUGCUUCUUUUGAUGAUGAUAUGACACAUGUAGAGCAAUGGGAGAGUAUUUUGUUGAAGUUGAAUGAUUCCAGAAGAUACAGAAGAAUUGUUGGAUCUAUUGCUGGUUCAUGCUUAACAGCUGCAACCCCUCUAAUGGCUUCAGCGAAGCAAGUGUCAUGCUUGAUAGCCAUGGAUAUAAUUGAGGAUGGAAUCACAACACUUGCUAAAGUGGAAGAAGCUUAUCAGCAUGAAAAGGAAACUAAAGAAACAAUUGAGGAGGUGAUUCGUUCAUACUCAUUGUAUCAGCUUCAUGAUACUUUGGAUGCUGCUGAGGAAGGAACUGAUGAGAACAGGUUGCUUCCAGCAAUGAAUAAGAUAUGGCCCUUCCUGGUUGCUUGUAUUAGAAAUAAAAUUCCAGUGGCUGUGAGGAGAUGUACAAGUGUGGUGAGCAAAGUCGUGCAAAUAUGUGGAGGAGAUUUCUUUUCACGCCGCUUUCACACUGAUGGAUCACACUUUUGGAAAUUUCUUUCCAUGUCUCCAUUUCAGAAAAAACCCUUCUCAAAAGAAGAAAGAAUCCCAUUACAACUUCCUUACAGAAGCACUCCUACUUCUUCAGAGGACUCGAUGGCAGAAGUUUCAAGCUUGAAAGUCCAGGUUGCAGUGCUUAACAUGAUAGCUGAUUUAUCCCGAAACAAAAGGAGUGCUUCAUCAUUAGAAGCAGUCCUUAAGAAGGUUAGCGGUUUGGUCGUGGGGAUAGCAUGUAGUGGUGUUGCUGGCCUUCUGGAUGCAUCCGUUAAUGCGUUACAAGGACUUGCAUCUAUUGACCCUGACCUUAUUUGGCUUCUAUUAGCUGAUGUAUACUACUCUCUGAAGAAGAAAGACCUGCCUUCUCCACAUGCUUCAAGUUUUCCACCGAUCUCUCAGAUUUUGCCCCCUCCACUUUCUCCUAAAGGAUAUCUCUAUGUACAGUAUGGAGGACAAAGCUAUGGUUUUGAUAUUGAUUUCCACUCUGUAGAAGCUGUGUUUAAGAAACUACAUGCCCUGGUUUUUAGUACUCAAAAGUAUAUAUGAAAAGCGAUUACAAAGUAAUAGCUUUCAGAUACUUUUAGUCCCUUUUUAGAGCUCAGAGUGUGGUGGGCAUUGUUUAUCCUCCCUUCAUCCGCUCUUGCACACUUUUUUUUCCUCCUUUUUGUAAUUGGCUUUUAUUUAUUUAUUUAAUUUCGAACCUAAUCAUGAAUCUGCAAAUUGGAAGUAAAAUGUUCGUUUGUGAAUGUAAA